CUUUUAGUACUGCUACUCUAACAAGUCGUCUUCUUCUUCUUACUCUUGUUUUUUCGUUUUUUAUUCUCGUUUCUUUUGUUUUCGAUUUUGGAGAAUCUAUAACUAUAAAGUUUCGAUUUUUGUUGCUGGCGAAAAGAAAUCGAUUCCAAUUUCGAGUAGGUUUAAAGAAAAUGGCUCCUGGAGGUGGCGCUUUCAGAGAAGAUGUUGACUCAAUCCCAAAGGCCACAAAUUAUGACAUUGCAAUAGUCAAGGCAGAGAAAAGUAGCAGUUCAGUUAAACCUAAGAUUGGCCUUAGUGAAAAGCAUGGAAUAUCUUCAAUGAAUGGUGUGCAUGAACUUCUUCAGUGUCCUGUUUGCGGAAGUUCGAUGUACCCCCCAAUUCAUCAGUGCCCCAAUGGACACACACUUUGUGCAAACUGCAAAGUUAGGGUCCAUAACUCUUGCCCAACUUGCCGAUUUGAUCUUGGAGACAUAAGAUGUUUGGCCUUGGAAAGAGUGGCUGAAUCAUUAGAACUUCCUUGUCAGUACCAGGGUCUUGGCUGUCAUGAUAUAUUUCCAUACUAUAGUAAGCUCAAACAUGAGCAGAAUUGUCGAUUCCGUCCAUACAGUUGCCCUUAUGCUGGGUCUGAGUGCUCCAUAACUGGUGAUAUUCCAACACUGGAAGCACAUCUUAAGGAUGAGCACAAGGUUGACAUGCAUGAUGGUUGUACAUUCAACCAUCGAUAUGUCAAAUCCAAUCCACAUGAAGUUGAGAAUGCAACAUGGAUGCUUACAGUCUUCAACUGUUAUGGGAAGCAAUUUUGCUUGCACUUUGAGGCUUUCCAGAUUGGUAUGGCGCCAGUCUACAUGGCCUUCCUCCGAUUCAUGGGCGAGGAUAGUGAGGCCAGAAAGUACAGCUACGCGUUGGAAGUUGGUGCUUAUGGCCGUAAAUUAACAUGGCAAGGAGUUCCAAGGAGCAUCCGCGACAGCCACAAGAAAGUUCGCGACAGUCAAGACGGACUAAUCAUUCCAAGGGCCUUGGCGCUCUUCUUCUCCGGUGGAGAUGGGCAAGAGCUUAAGUUGAGGGUGACAGGGCGCAUUUGGAAAGAACUCUGAGCCUAUAGGUGGCCCGAUUGUACAGCUUCUUGAGACAGUGAAUAUUCUGUAUCUCGUGUGGCCAGCGCAGGAAUUAUGAAUAUCUGGUUAUUAUUUUUUGUGCACUGGCCAUUUUGUUAUUAACCUUGAGGAUCAGUGGUAAGGUCAUAGCUGAAAAGGUGCUUGAGUAAACUGAAAACUCAAGUUCUAGUGGUAAAAGAUGCAACGUUUACAAGUAUAUUCUCUAUGCAUCAAUACUCAUUCCUACUCUUCCCUAUUCUUCUCGAAAAGCCCUUUAGCUAGGUAGGAAUGUUCAACAGAAUAAUUUAUUGACUUAAAUUGAAACUAA